AAUACUCUUUCUCGACGAAAGGAAGUCGGAUCUAGAAUGAAGCGUUAGCAGGUCUAUUGGCGGAAUCCUUGAGGAGUAGCACGGAUUAGCAACUAUUAUUCACACAUUUUGUCUAAAAAUAAUCUCACUUUGUAUUGAUCACGUCGAAGAUUAAACAACGCAUCUGCAAAUUAAUCAAUUUAUCGCGAUAAACAAAAGCCACAGGAGUACGUUACAGCCGUAUCUCUGCCAAGAAGAGGUGAAAUGUCGUCGUGGGGAAAAAAAGCCGGGGGCAGACGACAAAAACACGGAGGAGGAGGUGGCCAAAAAUCUAACAAAUCGUUUCGGAGACCACCAUAUCCUGUGAGACAGGAGAGAACUGAGGAACAUCUGCAACUUGAGAGUUUUCAGAGCUUAGAAGAAACCAUUGACUACUCUAGCAUAGUAGACUAUGAACAUUCAUCACAUAAGAUAACAGGUUUACCAAGUGCUUCACGGGAACAAUAUGAUGUAUCAACUCAGCAUCCUGAAUUAUAUGAACGGUUUUACCAGCAGUUGUGUGGAGAAAGUGCUCGACGCCCUGCAGACUGUGUUGUCCUGUCAGUGAAUAACCAGGAUGUGGAAUACCCCAAAUCAUUAGGCCAGUGUUUGCAGGAACUUGGCCUCACUGUGGAAAUGCUUUACCUGCAGUCGGAAUCAGGCCUGACGCGGGCCCUCCAAGAUGUCCGCUCCGACGGUUCCCCCUUUUGUAUUCUCGUCGAGCAGACUAAUGUAACACUUUCCUCGUGCACAGUAAUCAUAUUUUCAGAGUCCCUCAAAAUUCAUCGAAAUAUGCCUAAAGAACAUGCUAUGGAGUUUGUGUUGACGGAGUAUGGGCGCCAGAGCAGCCCGCAGCGGGCGUUGAACCCCACGGAGGCUGCGACGCGGGCGGCUGAGCUGACGGAGGACUACCUGGAGCGCGGCAAGCUGGAGCGCCACACCGUUCCCUUCACCACCCGCCACCUGCUCUUCCUCCUGGCCGAAGGGUUGCACCUGUACCCGGAGGAGGUUAGCACACUGGCUGUGUUUCUCCAGAACCGCCAGGACCAUCUGCAAGCGUCUUCUACUGCGGUUGACAGGGAAGCUGCUCCUCUGAUAAACAGCCUGCCCACAGGGUUAGGAAAACCUCCACCUCUUCUGCCUGCUGGUACUGGACCAGCACCAAGAGAGCAGAUAAACACACCCUCAAGCUCAGGAGAUGUUUCCUCUGGCCUUCAAAUUGGAUUGACAGGCACGUUUCCCAAGACGAAACCCCCUCCAUUGCUAUCAAUGCAAAACCUGAAGCCCCCUUCACACAGAUUAUCUGCCCCCCACAGUCUUUUACCCUCUCUGGCCCAGUCAUCUCGAGGGGCAGCUGCUUCUCAUGGUCUGGACAAGCCUCAGCCUCUCCUUGGUCCUGGAUCCACUUUUGUACCUGCGCCGUCCUCCGCUCGUCCAGGCGGUCUGCUCGACACUCCGUUGCUCUCUUUCCAGUCCUCUAGAGGACUCCUGCCACAUCCAGGGGCUCAUUUAUUGCGAAGCUCUCUAUUGACUCGCGUACUCCCACUGCAAAAUGGACCCCAUGGCCCUCGAGCAGCUCCACCACAACUCAGGAGCCUCCAAAUGGGAGCCCAAACAGGUCCGCGGCCCCUACGACGCCUGCUUCCUUGAUUUCCCUCAGGACGGCUGAGUAAAUCAUAGCUCUAUAAUGCCACCUGGAACAGUUCUAACAUUUUGAACUUGCAGCUUUCUUUUGUAUUUUUAGGAGUUUGACCCUUGUGUUUUCUGUCAGGAUCCUUUACAUUGUUUAAAUAUGUUCUGGUAUGAAAAAAUAUCAAAAGUGGUGUUUUCUUUAUUCCUACAGAUUUUUAAAAGAUUAGGCCUGUGCAGAUGUCUUUUCACACCAGUGUUCUCCACACAAUUGUUGAAUAUGUUUCAGAUUUUGUUUUUUGGUUAAAAACCUGUCCAGAAGACCGUUAGCUGUGUAGAUCGAUAAAUAGAUAAAUGUUGCUGAAUACCAUUCAUUAAACUCUCUUGUUGAAAAGGA